CACGUGACUCAUCGGGUCACAUGGCCCGCGGGUCAACAUGGCUGCGCCCGCGCUAGGGCCAGCUACUGGACGCUUCCCUGGGCUCCAAAGCGUUGUCUUGCUGCGGCUGCUCGUGCUGCUGUGCGGGACAGCGGGCAGCCAGGAGGCCGGGAGCGGUGCGGGCGCGGCGUCCCUCGCGGGCUCUUGCGGCUGCGGCACGCCCCAACGGCCCGGGGCCCAUGGCGGUUCGGCGGCCGCGCACCGGUACUCACGGGAGGCGAACGCCCCGGGCCCAGUCCCCGGAGAGCGGCCGCUCGCACCCACCAAGAUGGUCCUCAUCCCUGCUGGAGUAUUUACAAUGGGCACAGAUGAUCCUCAGAUAAAGCAGGAUGGGGAGGCCCCUGCGAGGAGAGUUGCUAUUGAUGCCUUUUACAUGGAUGCCUAUGAAGUCAGCAAUGCUGAAUUUGAGAAGUUUGUGAACUCAACUGGCUAUUUGACAGAGGCUGAGAAGUUUGGCGACUCCUUUGUCUUUGAAGGCAUGCUGAGUGAGCAGGUGAAGACUGAUAUCCAUCAGGCAGUUGCAGCUGCUCCCUGGUGGUUACCUGUGAAAGGUGCUAACUGGAGACACCCAGAAGGGCCGGACUCCACUGUUCUACACAGGCCAGACCAUCCGGUUCUCCAUGUCUCCUGGAAUGACGCGGUCGCCUACUGCACGUGGGCAGGGAAGCGGUUGCCCACGGAGGCUGAGUGGGAAUACAGCUGUCGAGGAGGCCUGCAAAAUAGACUUUUCCCCUGGGGCAACAAACUGCACCCGAAAGGCCAACAUUACGCCAACAUUUGGCAGGGUGAGUUUCCGGUGACCGACACUGGUGAGGACGGCUUCCAAGGAACUGCACCCGUUGAUGCCUUUCCUCCCAAUGGUUAUGGCUUAUACAACAUCGUGGGGAAUGCCUGGGAGUGGACUUCGGACUGGUGGACGGUUCAUCAUUCUGUCGAAGAAACGCUUAACCCUAAAGGGCCCCCCUCUGGGAAAGACCGGGUGAAGAAGGGCGGAUCCUACAUGUGCCAUAGGUCCUACUGCUACAGGUACCGCUGUGCUGCUCGAAGCCAGAACACGCCUGAUAGUUCCGCUUCGAAUCUGGGAUUCCGCUGUGCAGCUGACCGCCUGCCCACCACGGACUGACAGCCAACAGAGCCUUCCCAAAUCCAAGAAGUCAUGUCUAACCUGCGCUGGGCUUCCCUCAGAACUUGGAAUGAUCUCAUGCAAAGAAUUCCCACCCCAAGGUGGGUUACGUACCUGCCCAACGGCCAAAGGAACUGUCUUGUGAGACCAAAUUGCUGACCUGGGUCAGUGCACGUGCUUUAUCGUGUGGUGCAUCUUUGGAGAUCAUCGUCGUGUUUUACUUUGGAGAGUCUUUGAAGAGGAGAGGGGCGCGGAGGGAACCCUGAACUAGGCUUCAAGAGGCCUGCGUCCUACCCAGCCUCUGCCAUAGGGGUUAGGCCCCAGGGACCAACGCUCGACCUUCCUGGGCCUCAGAGCCCUGACGUAUCAAAUGAGGGUGGACAACAUGACCUCUGAAGUUCUCUCCAACUCACAAAUUCUAAGAGUGAUUAUCAGAAUAUAUUGUGAUUUCAUAGUGAGAAUUUAUGACAGAUUAUUUUUUAGCUAUUUUUUUCCAUGUGUGAACCUUGGGUGAUACUAAUCAUGUAAAAUAAGAGUUCGCUUAUGUAUUAUUUUCAGAAAAGGGUUGGGGUGGUGAUGAGUCCUUUAUAUUCAUAUCGCACUUUGUUUUCCCAAGGAAAUCAGUGUCUUCUGCAUUGCUACGGUGUAUCCCACGUGGGCCAGCCAUGGUAUGCUAAAGUUCCGCAGCCUGAACACAAAGGAAUGUCUGUGGGGUGACCACUGAGCUUUAUCUUUCAACAUUAAGUGCCUUUGGUUCAGAGGGGCAGUUAGAAGCCCUGUUUUCCCCUCUCCCCAAAGCCUUCAGUGAAUGUGAAAUGUUUGCUAAACGGGGAAACCUGCUUAAUUCUGUUAAUACAUACAGGAGAAAAGGAACAAGAACCUUGAAUUAGCUGUAUUCAGGGUAUCAUCCAGUAUUUCAUAAUAGAGAAGUAGGAGACCUUGUUGGCUAUGGAAUAUCAGAUGCUUUGAGUCAUGCACUAUGUUGAAUAAACUGGUAUCUGCUAAAUCA